AUGAGUUCCAAAAUGCAAACACUGAUGUUUUUGUUAGUCUUAACAAUAUCCUCAUUCACUGUCAAAGCAUCACCAAGUGAUGCCGGCAUUGCCAUCUACUGGGGUCAAAACCUAGGAGAUGGCUCAUUGUCUUCAACAUGUAACACUGGUAACUACAAGAUUGUACUCUUAGCUUUCCUCAAUGUCUUUGGAGCAGGAAGAACUCCAAUUUGGAACUUUGCUGGCCAUUGUGGUGACUGGAGUCCAUGCACAAAACUCGAACCCGAAAUAAAUUAUUGUCAACAAAAAGGUAUCAAAGUUCUCCUUUCCCUUGGAGGUGCUAUUGGACCAUACUCCCUUAGCUCACCAAAUGAUGCUAAAGUUGUUGGUGACUAUCUAUAUACUAACUUCCUUAGUGGCCAAUUUGGUCCUCUAGGAAGCGUUACCUUAGAUGGUAUUGAUUUUGAUAUUGAAGGAGGUUCAAAUCUUUAUUGGGAUGACCUUGCUAGACACCUUAACAAUAUAAGACAACAAAACAGGUACUUUUACUUGUCUGCUGCACCACAAUGUUUCAUGCCAGAUUACUAUCUAGACAAAGCUAUCAAAACGGGGUUAUUUGAUUAUGUAUUUGUUCAAUUCUACAAUAACCCUCCAUGCCAAUAUAACAUAGCAACUUCUGAUGCUACAUUGCUUUUACAAUCAUGGAAUGCUUGGACAUCGUUGGUUCUACCAAAUAAUACAGUUUUCUUGGGAUUACCAGCAUCACCUAAUGCAGCUCCUAGUGGUGGUUAUAUACCACCGGUUGAUCUUCUUACUAAGGUUCUUCCUUUCAUUAAACAUACUCCUAACUAUGGAGGAGUUAUGCUUUGGGAUAGAUUCAAUGAUGUUGGAAAUAAUUACAGCAAUCAGAUAAAGGUGUAUCUUAUAAAAUCUGCUCUUCAAUUUGUGACACAAGUUUCCGAAGCAAUAGCCGCAUCUGUCUCCACGGCUUUGAACGCCUUGUUGCCAAAUUAA